AACAUAAAUAUCCCAACAGUCCUGUUCAAGAAUAAUCAAUCACUAAUUUUUAGCCAUCUAUGGCAAGCCUAGGUCACUGUCAAAUAGUUUUAUGACCAUUCUCUACUUUGUAAAGCUCUGUACAUAUGGACAGAAUAUUGAUCUGUUCAGAAACCAGCCAAUGUUCAGCCCGUGUAUCAGGGGCAGACUGACCAUUUGGAAACUUGGGCACUGCCCGAGGGCCCGGGGUCAGUAGGGGGCCCCAUGAGAUGCUCCUGGUACCUUUUUCAUAGCUUUUCUGAGUUUGGGCAAGGACACAGGGGCCCCAUGAUCCCCUAUUGCCCAGGGGCACCAU